AUGGAGGAAGUGGUGGAAGAAGAAACCAGAAGAAGCACUCUGGCCAUAGAGGAUCCUGAGGAGAUUGCCAACGUAGAAACCGAUGACGGACCCUCCAGAGUUACAUUGGAGGAAGUUGCGGCAGAGAAGCAACCAGAGGUGGUUGAGGAGAAAAAGAAGAAAAAUAAGAAAAAUAAGAGCAAAGGGAAGAAGGUUGGAGAAGGUGAGCCAUCUCAUCAGCACAAAGCUGAGAAAAAGAAUAAAGAGAAGGAGGAUGAGGAGGAUGAGGAGGCCAAGCUAAGGAAGAGGAAAGAGAAGGAAGAAAGGAAAGAGCGCAGGCAUGAGGAAAGGCACCUCAAAAAGGAAGAAGAAAGAAAGAAGAAGGCUGCAAGCCUAGAGAUGGAUGGAGAACCCACCUCUGUGAGGGAGGACUUAGGGGAACCAGUGCAGCUAAGAGAGCCAGUGCAACCUGAAACAACGUAG